UGUGUGUCUGCCGCGCUCGAGCGCAGAACCCGACUGUCCACAAGCGACUCAAGUGCGUGCUGCUGAGAGUAUACCUCAACUGAGCUGGGCACAGUAUAGACAAGACACAUUUUAGUCAUUCGUUUGGGCUUCCUGGAUUAAGCAUUACUUUAUAAAAUACAGGGCAUGGUGACAGAGAGGAGCGGGGGAAUCCUCUCUCCUGCGUCUUCAGUGAAGAUUCAGCGUUAAUGUGAAUGAAACUGUUUGCCCAAUUACCUGCCAGAAGCGAAGAUGUGUCGAGCUGUGAGGGAAUAGUGCCGUUUAAUCGACCUUAGAUACGACCGAAAGUCUCAAACUUCUAUUUCGUUUGACUGACAUUGAGACGUCAUGGCAUCAGUGUCGUGGAGACACGCGCUUGUCUGCUUGGUGAUUGUGAAUCUGUCAGUGCUAACGGCGGCAUGCAGCAGCCACUAUGAAUAUGCCAUUGAGGGAUUCUGCCUGGCCAAGUUCAAGCUGGAUAUGGAGGUUCUUGAUCAGCAUCAGUGGUGUAACUGGGAGGACACAGUAGAGUCCUAUGGAGAACUGACCAACUGCACGUUCCUAGUGGCUCUGAAGAUGAACUGUUUCUGGCCCAACAGUCUGGUGGAUGAAUUCUUCAUCAGAGUGCACAGGCACUACUUCCACGACUGCUCAUUGUCAGGACGGCUGCUUCACGACCCGCCAAAUCGGAUCCUUGGGCCUUUUAUCGUGGUGCCUAUUCUGGUUACACUACUCAUGACUGCUCUAGUGGUUUGGAGGAGUAAACGCAGCGAGGGAAUCAUGUAGGCUAUGGCAGUUAACCAAAUACAAGUCCAGAACAAGACCAGGUGACAUACUAUGAACACUAAGAAACACUUUUCUUUCUCAAGACUUUCUAAUCAGGUGGUUGGAUAUGGAACAAUCAAAACACUUUCCAAGAGAGAAAAUUUUUACUGUGUUAUUGGCAAACAGUAGAGACAAAAACUUUGGACACAGUUACCUUUAGGUAGUUUAUGACUAAAUACUUUGUCAUGCCAGCAUAUCAUCGAUAAAACGGAUCUACAUCUGGAUGUAAGUGUCUUGUGAACACUGGACUCAAUCUUUUUUUCACCCGUCAACUUCAAUACAUUUGACACUCAUAAAAGCAUUUGUGCUUUGUGCCAAAUGCUGAAAGCAGCAGUCAUAAGUAGAAUUAUUAUCCUGACUUAAAAAAAUAACAAUAAAAAAGGGAAAAACCAAUGACAUUUACAAUACUGACGAUCCCAAAAAUUAAAAAAUGUAUUAAAGAUAGUAGGCCUAAUGAAAUGACAUUGUAUUAAUGUGUUGUUUGAACAGGCUCCUAAAUAGAAAAAUCUUCUAGAUAUUUGCCAAAAUGCACUUACCUCCAUCUAAUAUCACUGUAAGUGACACUCAUAAGCUCUCCAACACCUAGUGAGCUGCCUACCGAGACAGCAUUAUUAAAAAUCAUAGUGCACUUCUGACACAUAGGCUGUUCUAAAUGAUAAGCAGCAACAUUAUGCUGCCUUCUAAGAUACCUCGUUUUGGCCAAAAUGUAAUGCAGCAUUACAUGUAUCCUUCAUAGAAACGGCAAUUCCAGAAUGUGUUGGGAAACCCUGCCUUAGAGAGUAAGAUACAGAAAAGCAGCUCACUAGGUUUUGGAACAGAGCUAUAGACUUUUGUACUGAGAGAGGCUGAUACUGAUCUGAUACUAUUUGAAGCAGUGAACUGAGAUAAUUGCUGCUUUUAUUUGGUGUUAUUCAUCUCAUGGUCUCACUUCAGGUCAUCGUGUCAAGGGAAAAUGAUUUUCUUUCAAUGCAGACCAACCUCUCGGCUAAGGAGCUUGCAGCAUUUGUCAUAGGAUUAUUCACCAUAUUAGCAUUAAAAGGAUGUCUGCAUUCAGACUGUUUCACUAAUAGCUUUUUCAGAUAUACAUUUCUGGAAAUAUCUGUAUCACUGGAGUUUAGCACUCACAGUGAGUGGUUUAAAAGCCUGUGGAAUUUACCUGCCUGUGGCUUAUUAUGGCGAAGAGAAAACAGAUCUCUCUAAUAUCAUCUGAACUUCAAAGCUUCUGAUUUCUGCUGCAGUUAAAAUAAAGUAAUUUGCCCUCAA